AUGUGGCGAGCCUUUGUGUGUGUUCCGAUCGUUAUAUCCAUCAUGUUGGAGCGGCGAGCAGAGCAGUGUGUGGGAGGGGCGUGGCUGACUUCUCCUGGUGCUGAGUCUCUACACCUGUGCUUCAUCACCAAUCAAUACCAGUAUGAAUGUCUGGAUUUCUCAGCACCUCGCUGCCAGAUUAUUCCAUCGUGCUCGAUAUCGCCAGAGCCUGAGUUCCAGUCGGCCCGCUCUCUGCCUGCCACCACUGCCUGCCUCCACUGCCUGCCUCCACUGCCUGCCUCCACUGCCUGCCUCCAGUAUCGUUGA